AUGCAGAUCGAGAUGGGCUUUCCAAAUGACCCCAUUUUCCUCCAGCUUCGCAGGCUAGCCAAGCAGUCGCCAGGCGUGUUAUUUCACGAUGAAUAUGGCGUUAAUGCAAGGUACAACGACUUGAUCCGUGAUGUAAUCCACAUGCGGGAGAUCCUGCGAGAGCAAUUGCCGAGUGUUUCAUUCGACGAGCAGGGCUGUCUGUGUGAGAAUGCCAGGUCAAUUGCGUACCUGGCCUAUAGUGGAUAUAGUUUCAUUAUCAGCUUCUUUGCCAUUGUGGCUUUGGGGGCAACGGGGCUGAACCCGGACGAGGCGUUGUACUUUCUGAAAAAGGUCAAGGCAACCUAUAUCUUGACUGAGGACAGAACGGUCGACAUGGCCACUACAUUCACAGCACAUGCCCGAAACCAUGGUCACACGGUUACUUUGAUCCCAAUCACAAGGGCGGAUCCCGCGACAGCGACUGUCUCCAACUCGACAGAACUCGAAAUCAACCAGGAGCUGACCUUUCCGGAAACAGCUGGCUGUCUGAUUCUGUUUACAUCCGGCACCACUGGGCCCCCGAAGGGUGUUGUUCUCACUCUGAAGAUGUUCCAUCUCGGAGAAGAUAUACCACCCGCAACGCUCUAUCUCGCAUCAUGUCCCCCGCACUGGGUAGGCGGAACAGGAUUGAUUGACAGUGUGCUUAUCGGUGAAGGCCUGCACAUUCUGAAGAAUGAAGCCCCUCCAGCCCGAUUCUGGGAAGUGCUGAGGGAAGGAAGAGUCACGGAAAUGGCGAUCUCCCCGACGCUGCUAAGACGUUUGAUGGAGUACUACCAGGAAAAUAUCAGCCCUCUUGCGUCUAAACAGCAAAACGAGUAUAUUGACGGGGCGAAGAAGCUAGAGCGCGUGAUUGUGAGCGGCUCGAUGCUAAAUCCGUCGACUCGGCACUUCUUCGCUGGUUUGACCGGUAUGCCUAUUAUCAACGGCUACGGGAUCACAGAGAUGGGUGGGGGUGUAAUUAUCAACCCACCUGGUUCGAUCUAUGAGCAGUCUUCUGCUUACACAGACAGCUACAUUGGCGAUGAAGCAGCCACUCGCGCCGCCUUCGACGAGGAGGGAUUCUACAAAACAGGCGAUCAAGCCCGCCGCGUCGGUGAUGAUUACUAUUUCGAAGGAAGGAUUUCAUCCGACUUCGUUCGCUUCCACGAGUACACGAUAUCCAUUCCCGAGCUGGAGAGACAACUCCUAGACCUCCCAUACAUCACUGAAGCGCAUGUCCUUCCCGUCAAAGACCACGGAGCUGGCGGGUUAGUAGCCGCCCUUGUGCGGCUUCAAAAUGAAGAGGGUUAUGGCAUUACUCUAAAGCAGAUACGCGACGACCUCGCUGCGACAAACUUGGCUUCGUACAAGUUGCCUACCCUCUUGCGGGUUCUCCGGAACGAGGAACAGGUCCCGUUGACGCCGUCCGAGAAGGUGUUGAAGAGGGAGUGCCUUCGGAGAUUCUUCCACAUCUCUGAGUACAUGCCGGAUUCAUAUGCCGUGGAAGGUGUUGAGUACUGCGGAAAUAAGCUUGAUGCAAAAGCUUCGUCGCGGGUGUUUGACUGGGGAGGUUUGUAA